AUGCAUGAAUGCUGGGCUGAGAUGGAAAGACUUGUUGAUAAUGGCCUUACUCGCAACAUUGGGGUGUCUAAUUUCAAUUGCCAACUCUUGAUGGACAUGCUUACCUAUGCAAGAAUCCCUCCAAGCUUAUUGCAGAUUGAACUUCACCCAUAUUUGUCUCAAGAGCAUCUCGUCAAGUGGGCUCAAUCUCAAAGUAUUGCAGUCACUGCAUACUCGUCAUUUGGCCCUACUUCUCUCAUUUCAACUGGCUCCAAGAGAGCAAAAGCAGUUGAACCUUUGUUCGAGAACCCAGUUAUCAAGGAUAUCGUUGCAAAGUACAAUAGAAAUCCUUCUGAAGUUGCCUUGAGAUGGUCUCUUGAGCGCUCUGUUGCCGUUGUGCAAAAGAGUUUAAACAUUGAUCGCGUGAGAAUGAACUUGGAAGCUUUGAACUGGGAAAUGGAGGAGGAAGAUGUCGAGUCUAUCAACAAAUUAGACACGGGUCUUCGUUUUAAUGAUCCUAUGGUAAAUGCUCAAAAUAUUCCUCUGUUCUACUAG